AUGUCCUGGCAUAGAUUAGCAAAACAGGCACGCCCUCGGGCCCAGGAGCCAAAGAGGGACAUUCCCUACGAAAUCCCAGGCCAGCGUCUAGGACCCCAGCUGGCAUCGGAAAUAGCUCGCCUCUUCGAUGAUUUCCACAUCCCAAGCUUUGUCUGGGACUGGAUCGAAAAAUCCCCAUGGACAGAAACACGAAACCACUUGGAAUUCGAAUUCAUCAUCCCGGACCACUUGAUAAUCGAAGCCCAAAAAGCACUCGCAACCGUCGGGUUCAUAUCCUGCGCCGCCGAAUCCGCAUGCCACAUGUUCGAAGAAUUCCCAUUCAAACCCCUCCCAACCAUCCACUUCCACCACAUCAGCCGCGUCGACGAAGUGAUAUCUCUCCGCAAACAAACCGCCCUCGCCACGAAACUUCCUCUCACGCUUGCUCCACCCGCGCCUAACGAUCCCGAUUUCAUGCUCAGCAAUGAGCCCAGGCUGAGCGGUAGUCCGGCGGCUUUUGCGCCUCUCCCGGACAUAAUGUAUCCGUUUAGACUUCUCGCUCCGGUCCGUUUCGCCGAGGCCCUGGUGCUUCAGGCGUGUCAGGAUGUAGAUGUAGAACGGGAGACAGUGAUUCGGGGCUACAUGUUAAGGUUGGGGUAUUUGAAGCAGUGUGGGCAAGGGCCGACGGGGCUCCUUGAUCAAGAGUACUUUCAUGAGUAUCUGUGGCCUUUUUGGGCUGCGUUGGAACAGGGUGCGUUUCAGUUGAUGAUUGCGCAUGCGCGCAGAUUGAAGGAUAAGUUGAAUAGGACGGGGUUCAGGUUGCCGACGGCGGAGGAACUGGAACAGAAGAAAGCAAAGAGAAGGGUGCAGCAGAUGAGGAAUAGAGGAACAACUGCGUCGUGA